CUACUGUUGUCCUUGCCCUCUUGUGUCUUCCGUCACAUUUCUAGACCCUCUUCUUUCCUGCUCGCUACUCCUUCGCUACUUAUCAUGCAGCUGGGCAGACUGAACAGUCCGUUCGUGCAGAACCUCCUUGCCUCGAUCGUGGUCGGACUAGGACCGGGGCUCUAUGUCGCUGUCACCAACCUCGGGGCAGGUGGCGGGCCCGCCAAUGCCACGCAGAUGCAGAACAUCGUGAACUCGGUUCUUUACGCGAUUUACUUCGUCGUUGGCUUUUUUAGCGGCUCUGUGGUGACGACCGUUGGCCCUAAGUACACCCUGGUCUUUGGCACUUUGGGGUAUCCCAUCUACGUCGGUUCCUUGUGGUACUUCAGCAAUACGGGCAACCUGUGGUUCCCAAUCUUCGGGGGUGCGAUAUUAGGUCUCACGGCCGUUCAUCUGUGGACGGCGGCAGGGUUCAUCGCCUUCAGUUAUGCGACCGAAGACAAGAAGGGAACGUAUAUCUCCAUGCAAUGGGGUCUUCUAAGCGUCGGAAGCACCAUUGCUUCGUUCGUCGCCUUCGGCAUCAAUUUCAACGCUGGGGAGCUCGAGUGUCCCGACUCUGUAUACAUUGUGUUCAUCAUUCUAAUGGCUCUAUCGCUGCCGGUCGCUUUGUUUGGGAUCAUCUCUCCUGCUGACGUGCGUCGCGCCGAUGGCUCUCCUAUCGCACACUACCCUCAUCGCGGCGUGUGGGAAGAGCUCAAGGGCCAACGCCAGAUAAUUAUGGACUGGCGCAUGUUGGCGCUUCUCCUACCCAUGUUUGGCUCCGAGGUGGCAAUUAUCGCAUUUUCGUCUAUUAACUCACUCUAUUUCAACAUCCGCACGCGCAGUCUUAACUCGGUGAUAUUCGUCAUCCUUCAGGCCGUCGGGGCCGUAGGGACGAUGGCCUUGUUGGAUAGUCGGAGGAUCGGCACUCGACGCGCACGAGGCCUCCUUUCGAUCGCCGUGAUGGGCCUCUUCACGCUCGGACUGUGGAUCGGCCUCUGCGUGUGGUUGUCACAACAUCCCAUCAAUCUAACAAACCCUCCACUGUGGGACUGGACGGACGGCCCGUUCGGCGGGUUUAUCGUCCUGACGCUGUUGUUUGGGAUCAAUAUGGUUGCUUAUCAAGUGGUUGUGCAGUGGAUCGUUGCCUCUCUGAGUAACGACCCCGAAACGCUCGCUCGCUUUGCGGGGUUUGCGAAAGGCUGUCUGGCCGGUGGACUCUGCGCUACCUUUGGCACCGAAGCUGCGGGGUUGGAUCAAAUUUAUGUAGUUGCUUGGACGUUUUCUCUGCAAGGGGUGGGAUUGCUGUGCAUGGUCUUCGUGACUUGGUUCUGCGUGCGGCCAACGAACUACGGUCAGGAAGAGAAGGUAGUGGUGCCUAGGGAUGUGAGUUGCGAUGAAAAGGGUUCCAGAAGUACGAUUAACCAAAAUUAGCUCAGUUAGCCAGCUGGCUAGUUGUACAUAUGUACAGUACAGUAGAAGAGGAUUAGGAAGAGAGUUCAGCCCGUGCAGC